AGCCAAGGCAACUGACCGUUAGACACCUCCCUCGCCGUCCCGAUAUUUCUCUCCAAUAGACCCAUCUUACAGUCGCGAUGGCCGCCCAGCAAUCAUACUAUGAGCUCUACCGUGGGAGCAGCCUUGGCCUGUCCCUAACGGAUACCCUGGACGACUUGAUCAACGAGGGCCGUAUCGAGCCUCAGCUCGCUAUGAAGAUCCUGUCCACCUUUGACAAGGUGGUCACCGAGGUUCUGGCCGAGAAGGUCCGAGCCAGACUGACGUUCAAGGGCCACCUUGAUACGUACCGAUUCUGCGACGAGGUCUGGACAUUCUUGAUCAAGGACGUCCAGUUCAAGCUCGACAACCAGACCACCAUAAACGCGGACCGCGUGAAGAUCGUGAGCUGCAACAGCAAGCGACCGGGCGAGACAUAGACUGGUAUUAGCGGUUGAGGACACUUUGGCGUUACUUUCAUUUCGGCUUGCACAGGCGUUUCCAGGCAUGUCCUUGGCUCAGGGCUACGAUCCCAGCCGGCGUUGAGGGAAUCAUUUUCAUCGCUCUGUAUCAUGCAUAAACAAGAUCUAUCAUAUCAGAUCAGAUACCCAUAUCAAUUGAGAGAUCUACCAUAU